AUGGCAAAGAUGGCGAAGACCAAGGGCAAAAUGCUGCUUGUUGGUGCUGGACCGGGCGAUCCGGAGCUGCUGACGCUCAGAGCCUAUCGAGCACUGCAGCAGGCAGAUCUUGUGUUGGCAGAUCGUCUCGUGCCCCGUGACGUGCUGGAGAUCGCCAAGUGUGAGAUUCGUGUGGCACGCAAGCGCUGCGGCCAGGCCGACUUUGCACAGGCGGAGCUUGAUGCCUGGGGUCUAGAAGCACUUGCAAUGGGCAAACAAGUGGUGCGACUUAAGAACGGUGAUCCGUUCGUGUACGGUCGUGGUGGCGAAGAAGUUGUGAUCUACUCGAAAGCGGGUUUCGAUGUAGAGGUGAUCCCGGGCAUCUCCAGUGCGCUUUCAGCGCCUGCAAGUGCUGGUAUUCCGACCACAAUGCGUGAUGUAGCCGAUCAGGUACUGAUAUGCACGGGUCAUGGAAAGAAGGACCGUUUCCCAGACCUACCCGAGUAUUGCGACCACCGCACCACGAUUUUUCUCAUGGCAAUUGGCCGUAUCGAGGGACUCUGCGAGGCACUACAAGCCGAGCGCGGAUACCCGAGCGACAUGCCCGCUGCAGUUAUCCACGCUGCCACCAUGAUCAAUGCAUCGACGGUCCGCAGCACGCUGGACACGAUCGCUGAAGAGGUGCGUCGUCGCGGUAUCGAUCCUCCUGGAACAUUGGUGUUAGGUAAUGUUGUUAACGCGCUGACUUAUCUCAAGAACUAUGACGCUGUGAAGGACGUUGACGUCGGGCUAACAAACACCUCGACGUAUACCAUCUCCUACGCACCAAUAUCGUGCUUUCCGGAGAUCGAUUUAGGUGAGCACAUCGUGCUGCACGCAAAGACCAAACGUCCGGAAAUUUUCGGGCUGGGUUUAUUGAUUGGAAAUGUGUUCCUGAUAGUGUUGGCAUUGACUUUGAUUGUGACGGUCGCGUCGGGCGUGGCCAUUACUCAGACGUAG